AGCCCGGGAGGGCGUGGCCAGCCUGCUAACUCAGGAAAGGUGUGAGAGUCACAGCAGCAGGUUCAGAGCCACCACCCGGAAGCAGCAGAAGGACUUACCUGAACAGGGUGUGGAGAUUCAUGACUGUAGAGCAAUGGGCUUUGAGUGAGGGAGGGGCCGAUGAUCACUAGAAGAGAGGAGUCGCACCAUGGGGUCCAGCUCUCCUUGUCUUCCUCUCUUCUCAUUCUUCAUCCUGUUGGUCAAGAUAGUAGCAGCUUCAGAGUUCAAGAUCUGCGCCUACAAUGCGGAAAGAUUUGACAAUGCGAAAGCAUCCGACUUCAGAUUGUUACACACAUUGAAUCGGAUUGUGUCUCGCUGUGAUAUCUGCCUCCUGCAGGAUGUGGUGGAUUCUGGCGCCAUCGAGACUUUGCUGGAGUCCCUCAACAGGGAAAGUGACAGGUACGACAGAUACGGCUACCAGUCGGUGUCCAGUGAGAGUCUGGGAAAUUCACCCGAUGACAUGCAGAAGUACGUUUUCAUCUACAGGGAGCAGAAUGUGAACGUGACGGGGCAGUAUCAGUACCAGAACAAAAGCGCCUUCCUCAGACCGCCGUUCGCCGUUCAGUUCCAAAGCGAAAAAACUGCGAUCGGGUCCUUUGUCCUGGUUCCUCUGCACUCGGAUGCCCUUCAGGCCAUUCAGGAGAUCGACCGCCUUUACGACGUCUUUGAAGAAGUCACCAAGAGGUGGAACAACAACAAUGUCAUGUUCCUGGGAGACUUCCACGCCAGCUGUGCCUACGUGACCCGAGCCGACAAGAGAAACAUCCGGCUGAUCACCAACUCCUCUUUUACCUGGCUGAUCGGAGACAAAGCGGACAGCACCAUCUCCUCUGACACCAACUGCGCCUUUGACAGGAUCGUGGUUCACGGAGAACCCUUCCUGAAGACCAUCAGUCCGUUCUCUGCGCAAGUCUUCGACUAUGUGAGGAGCUUCAAACUACCCAAGAGAGAGGCGCUGCAGGUGGGCAACCACUUACCUGUGGAGGUGAGGCUGAAGAGCUCUGCCCUUCUCCUUCAGGCCACGCCCCUCCUGAUCCUUGCCCAGUCCUUCCUGUCCGCUCUGUGAUCGACUGCUUUGGUCUCUGAAGACCUUUUUUUAAAUGUUUCUCCUCUUGGAUCUGUCAAAAUGGCUGACAAUAACUAAGUCAUUCCAACAGAUUCACCUGGAUGAAUGUGUCAUGUGACCAAAGCCAACCAACAGAUGAAUGAGACGCAACCGUUUUUCAAUGUUUACGCUCUAAUCCUAAUUCAUUCACAUUGUUAAGAGAGUGACGCUUAAUAUCUGCAGACCAAGAAGAUACACUUAAGAUCUUGACUCCAUCAGCAUAUGGUUAUUGCAUUGUUAUGAAUUAUAGCAUUAAAGACAAUGUAUAAAUGAUUUAAACCUUUGUCUGAUGAAAAGCACCAAAUCUUCACAUUUACAGUAAAACCUGCUUCUGGUUUUGAAGAGAACAAAGUAAUUGAAUUGAUAAAAAGUUUCUGCGGUAUUAAUAAGCAUGACAUCUACGUUAAUUUGUGUUCUAUUGUUUAGAACCGAACAAUGAUUAUCACAUUAUUGAUCUGCUGUUCAGUGCAUGAACGAAAGCCUUCCUGGUUUAAAGGACUUUUGAGUUUUUAAUGGAUGUAAAUGUUCACGUUUUCAUGACGCAUCAUGUGACCGUUCUCUCGGAGGUCGGUCAGUAGAAUGUUGUCUCAGACGUCAUGGUUUUCUGUUUCCACCUCAGGUCUGUUCCACUUGUACAGAAACUGAUGUAAAUAUUGUAAUGUUUAUUGGAUAACUUUUCUAAUAUUUAAAAAAAAAAAAGCGCUGAUUAUCUUGUCAUUGGAUUUAUUUUUAACUCGGAAAUCCUCACAAUAUAUCGGAAGACGUAACAUUUUUAAAGAAAUAAAAUUAUUGCUGGGGAACACCCAUUCACGACCAGGUGGAAACAUGAAGCUGAAGACAAUUAGCCGGAUAUUAGAUCAACAAAGACUUUUUAAAACGAGAUGGUGCUUCAUUCAUUUAAUAACACAAGAAGAAGCUGCUUCAUGCUGCUGCUGUCAAUCCGAUUUUCAAAUAUUUUUAACUAGGAAUGUUAAUAAACAACCAAUAAUGUUUGACCUAAUGAUCUAAAUGUUAAUUAGGACUGACAUAAAAUUGCUUCACA